UCAAUUCUUUAUCCCUCCACAAAAGGCUCCCCCCCCUCAUCCCUUCCCCCCUUCUGCUCUGCAAUAUUUUACACUUAUAAUUAUAAUUAACCAACAAGCACAUUUCCUCCUCCCCCUCUCUACCCACGGUCUUGAGGUUGGAUAAACAUUGCACAUUCCAUUCCAUCCCUAUCUAGGUAGUCCGCGCUUGAGGUGCAUAUCUCGCGACAGGCUUUUGACCAUCUCAUCUCUCUGCACCUUCGCCUCCCUCGGGAAUAUCACCCUUCCAUCCGUUCGCUUUAACAGACAGGGUGAUCAAUUUCGAUUUCUCACAGCGAUUUCUCUCGGAAGUCACCUGCCCCAUGGAGUAGUGCGCUUCAUCCUCUCUUUUCCUUAUCCCUUCCGAUACCUUUGUCUCCCAGCUUCACAGCAAGUGUGAGAGCCGAUUCCUCAACGCCCCCGGAGAGCGAAGAUGGCCCACUCCGAACAUGAGCGUCUCCCUGGGGACAAGCCCGAGAACACUGAUAUCGAGUUGAUGGAACGGGGAAGCGCAUCCUCAGCCGAGCAGCGCAGGUCAGCCGGUCGCUCUUCCAUCUCCAGCUCAACGGUGGUUCCAGCAGCAGAGAAGGACAAGGCCUCUCGCCCAGCCGGUCUGGCCAAAUCCGAAGAUCCAGACGCGCUUUUCGCCCACCUCCCAGAACAUGAAAAGGGGAUAUUGAAGAAGCAACUGGAUGCGCCAGAUGUGAACGUGUCGUUCUUUGCCCUUUUCCGAUAUGCCUCGCGCAUGGAUGUCUUGAUUAUGCUCGUUAGUGCGCUUUGCGCUAUUGUGGCAGGUGCUGCUUUGCCUCUAUUCACCAUUCUCUUCGGUUCUCUGGCCUCGGCAUUCAGAGGCAUUGCCCUAAAUGAAAUAUCAUACCACGACUUUUAUCACCAAUUGACAAAGAAUGUUCUUUAUUUCGUGUAUCUUGGAAUUGCCGAAUUCGUCACUGUUUACAUCUCCACUGUUGGAUUCAUUUACACCGGAGAACACAUCACCCAAAAGAUUCGCGAACAUUAUCUGGAAUCCAUCCUGAGGCAGAACAUGGGAUACUUUGAUAGGCUGGGCGCCGGUGAAGUUACGACCCGCAUCACAGCCGAUACGAAUCUGAUCCAGGACGGUAUUUCGGAAAAAGUUGGACUUACUCUGACAGCUAUCGCCACCUUUGUGACAGCUUUCAUUGUCGCUUACGUCAAGUACUGGAAACUCGCUCUCAUUUGUACCUCGACUAUUGUUGCGCUCGUUAUGACCAUGGGAGGUGGAUCUCGCUUCAUCGUCAAGUACAGCAAGAAGUCAUUGGAGAGCGCUGGUGCAGGCGGAACGGUUGCUGAGGAAGUCAUCAGCUCGAUUCGUAAUGCCACAGCUUUUGGUACUCAAGACAAGCUGGCCAAACAAUACGAAGCCCAUUUGGCUGAAGCAGAGAAAUGGGGUAUCAAGACUCAAAUCAUCCUCGGCUUUAUGAUCGGUGGCAUGUUCGGUAUCAUGUUUUCCAACUAUGGACUGGGGUUCUGGAUGGGUUCUCGUUUCCUUACCGAUGGCGAGGUCAAUGUGGGACAGGUUUUGACUGUCUUGAUGGCCAUUCUAAUUGGUUCUUUCAGUUUGGGAAAUGUCGCUCCCAACGGUCAAGCUUUCACGAAUGCUCUCGCCGCUGCCGUCAAAAUCUAUGGAACCAUUGAUCGUCCCUCUCCUCUGGAUCCCUAUUCCGAGGAAGGAGAGAAACUUGAGCACUUCGAAGGUAACAUCGAGUUCCGCAACAUCAAGCACAUCUACCCCUCGCGCCCCGAAGUUACUGUUAUGGAUGGUGUUUCUUUGGUCAUGCCUGCCGGUAAGACGACUGCCUUGGUUGGUCCAUCGGGCUCGGGAAAGAGUACUGUUGUUGGCCUGGUUGAACGAUUUUACUUCCCCGUGGGAGGCUCUGUUCUAUUGGAUGGCCAUGACAUUUCGACCCUCAACCUUCGGUGGCUGCGUCAACAGAUAUCGCUAGUGAGCCAGGAACCCGUCCUCUUCGGCACGACGAUUUAUCACAAUAUCCGACACGGUCUCAUCGGUACCAAAUAUGAAAACGAAUCCGAGGAAAAAAUAAGGGACCUAAUCGAAAACGCCGCGAGGAUGUCUAACGCUCACGACUUCAUCACAGCCCUUCCUGAAGGCUACGAGACUAAUGUUGGCCAGCGCGGUUUCCUACUCUCUGGAGGACAGAAGCAGCGUAUUGCCAUUGCGCGCGCUAUUGUCAGUGAUCCGAAAAUCCUCUUGCUGGAUGAAGCCACAUCUGCCCUGGAUACAAAGUCUGAAGGUGUCGUACAGGCGGCCUUGGACAGAGCUGCCGAAGGCCGGACCACCAUUGUCAUCGCUCACCGCCUCUCCACUAUCAAGGCAGCACACAACAUCGUCGUUAUGGUGAACGGCAGGAUUGUGGAACAGGGCAACCAUGACGAACUCGUCGGCCGCAAGGGUACCUACCACAGCCUCGUGGAAGCACAGCGCAUCAAUGAGGAGAAGGACGCGGAAGCUCUGGCUACUGAUGAUCCAGAUAUGGACGAAGAUGACUUCGCCAAGGCAGAGAUUGAACGUAUCAAGUCCGCAAGCAGCGGCUCUGGUUCUCUAGCUGACGAAGACGAGAAGACGUUCGCUGCUAAUGGCCUUGGACGUAGUGGAACACACAAGUCUAUUUCCAGCGCCAUUCUCGCCAAGAGAGAGCCGGAAGUUGCCAAAAAAUACUCACUCUGGUCCCUGGUCAAGUUUAUCGCUUCCUUUAAUCGCCCUGAGAUUCUUUACAUGCUCGUCGGUUUGGUCUUCGCGGUGCUUUCCGGGGGUGGCCAACCCACCCAGGCUGUCUUGUACGCCAAGGCUAUCAGUACUCUUUCGCUCCCAGCAAGUGAGUCUGCUAAAAUCAGACACGAUGGUGCUUUCUGGGCUUUAAUGUUCUUUGUGGUCGGAAUCGCCCAAUUUAUCAAUCUUUCCAUCAAUGGUGCCGCUUUCGCUGUCUGCUCGGAGAGACUGAUUCGUCGAGCUCGAAGCAUGGCUUUCAGAUCUAUGCUUCGUCAGGACAUCACCUUUUUCGAUAGAGAGGAAAAUAGUACUGGUGCACUCACCUCUUUCCUGUCGACCGAGACCAAGCACCUGUCAGGUGUCAGUGGAGCCACACUGGGUACAAUUCUGAUGACCAGCACGACUCUUGGCGCAGCCAUGAUCAUUUCCCUUGCUAUUGGUUGGAAGUUGGCUCUGGUCUGUAUUUCUGUUGUUCCCGUCCUCCUGGGAUGUGGUUUCUACCGAUUCUACAUGCUCGCGCAGUUCCAGCAAAGGUCCAAGAGCGCCUACGAAGGAUCUGCGAGCUACGCCUGUGAGGCGACCUCGGCUAUCCGUACUGUGGCCUCUCUCACUCGGGAGAAGGAUGUCUGGGGUAUCUACCACGGUCAGCUAGAGGCGCAGGGCCGUACGAGUUUGAGGUCAGUGCUGAAGUCCUCUAUCCUGUACGCCGCCUCACAGGCACUGGUGUUCUUCUGCGUUGCGCUUGGGUUUUGGUACGGAGGUACGCUUCUGGGUCAUCAUGAGUAUUCUGUCUUCCGUUUCUUCGUCUGCUUCUCUGAGAUUCUGUUUGGUGCGCAGUCUGCUGGUACGGUCUUCUCAUUCGCUCCAGAUAUGGGCAAGGCGAAGAAUGCAGCAGCUGAAUUCCGCAGACUCUUUGACAGGAAGCCACAGAUCGACACCUGGUCAGAGGAAGGCGAGACUCUCCAGUCGGUGGAGGGAUCCAUUGAAUUCCGCGAUGUGCAUUUCAGAUAUCCUACCCGCGCCGAACAGCCCGUCCUGCGAGGACUAAACCUGACCGUCAAGCCAGGGCAAUACGUCGCCCUUGUUGGUCCCAGCGGUUGUGGUAAAAGUACUACCAUUGCGCUUCUGGAGCGGUUUUACGAUGCCAUAGCAGGAAAGGUUCUUAUUGAUGGCAAGGACAUCACUGAGCUGAAUGUCAACUCUUAUCGCAGCUUCUUGUCGCUUGUCAGCCAGGAACCAACCUUGUAUCAAGGUACCAUCAGGGAGAACAUUCUCUUGGGCGUCACUGGUGAAAAUGUGCCUGAGGAGGCGCUGAUCAAGGCUUGCAAGGAAGCCAAUAUCUAUGAUUUCAUCAUGUCCCUUCCGGACGGAUUCAACACGGUAGUUGGCAGUAAAGGAGGCAUGCUGUCGGGAGGUCAAAAGCAACGUGUGGCUAUCGCACGUGCUUUGAUCCGGGAUCCUCGAGUCCUUCUACUUGAUGAAGCUACCUCUGCCCUUGAUUCCGAAUCCGAGAAAGUGGUGCAAGCAGCGCUCGAUGCCGCUGCUCGGGGUCGAACCACCAUUGCAGUUGCACACCGGCUGAGUACCAUUCAGAAAGCCGAUAUCAUCUAUGUGUUUGACCAAGGCAAGAUUGUGGAGAGUGGAACACAUCAGGAGCUGAUCCGGGCCAAGGGUCGUUACUUUGAGCUGGUCAAUUUGCAGAGCCUAGACAAGGGCCACUAAUUCUACCCAUGCUAUAUAUCCUGUACAGAUUGUUUAAUGUCUUGCGCUUUCUCUCCCCCCCCCCUUCCAACCUCAUCCUUACCUUUAGAUACUUCAGCUCUUUUUUCACGUCCCUAUUUAUCAUGUGACAUGACUUUCGGAGGCCUAUGCCUUGAUAUUGUGUUCUCUACCGGAUUUUGUGAUUUUACAUCUACCAUGUUGCGGAGUUUGCUGGUUCACCAGGCGGUGGUUUAGAUCAAAAACUUGCAGUCUGUUGGUUGGAGGUCGAUCGGAAACGAAUGGCCCUCCCCCUUCAUCAUAACAGGCUCAAAACCUGGACUCAUCUCUUGAAGAGUCUCCCCUCAGAUAGUCAGAUAGAAACAGAAACAUUAUAUUGAGCU